AUGGACUUUAAUACACACCAAAUUGGUAGUCAACAUCAAAGGGCACGGAGAGCAGAAAAUGAACGCAAAAGAAAACAAAAUAUGGACAGUGCGCAAAGAGAACACCAUUUAUCGAGACGUCGGGAAAAUUAUAGGCGGAGACAAGAGAAACAAGCUCAGACUUUACACACUGUAACCACUCGAUCGAGGGUUCCAUUACAGAAUUUGACAAACAUGACUUUUCCAAGUUCACACUUUCAAGGAACUCAUGACCAUGAGGCCGGUCUAAGUAGAAUUACACAUGUUAAUGACGCUGCACUUGGUCGUACGUUCGCAUCACCCCAUCAAUCUAUCAACAACACCCAAUCUGGUACAGAUGAUGUGCCUGUGGAUGGAUCUACGGAGGAUGUAGCAAUAUCAGAUGUCAAUGUUGAAGGAAGAGACAAUAAUGCCUCACCGUGUCAAUCUCAAUCCUCGCGACAUCCUUUUCGAGCAAGAUACAAUAUUUCUCGAAAUUUCACAAAUAACAUGGUGAUGGCAAAAUCUAGGUUGCCUAAUCCAACUACAUGUAGACGUUGCAACGCAAAACUGUUUCACCACGAAUCACGAGACACAUGUUGUUCUGGUGGGAAGGUAUCGUUUCCAAGGGUUGAUGCUCCUACAGAAUUGAAAGAACUAUUUUCGGAGGGUUCGGCAGAGGGAAAACAUUUUAGGCAGCAUAUUCGAAGUUACAACCAUGUCUUCUCUUUCACUUCAAUUGGUGUUCACGUCGAUGAAAAAAUUCUUGCGUUUGGUCGUGGUAUAUAUACAUUUUGUGCUCAAGGAGCUUUUUACCAUAACAUCGGAGGUUUCUAUCCAAAUGAGGGUGACAGACCGAGCUUCCUACAGUUAUACAUCUAUGACACAGAUAACGAGCUACAUUAUAGAAUGCGGGAAAAUCCACAACUACACCAGACUGUGGUUCAAAAACUACAACAAUUGCCCCAUCAGUAUAAUCCUUUUGUAAUUAGGUUCAGACAACUGUCCUUACUUCCAAAUAUCAAUGACUGUAGCCUCAUACUCAAAGAGCGUCCAAGUAAUCACCCUCAAUAUAAUCUUCCAUCUGCGGAACAAGUCGCUGCAAUUAUUGUUGGUGGUGAUACUGAAUCUAUGGCAUACGGAAGUGAUAUUAAUGUCAUUCGCCAUGAUGGCCAUCUAAAGAAAGUACAGGAAACAAAAGGAUAUUAUGAUCCCUUGCAGUAUCCUAUAUUGUUUCCAUUUGGGACGCAUGGUUGGGAUGUUAACACGACAAAUUGUAGUGGACGAAGAGUGUCAUGUCGAGCGUAUUACAGCUACAUGCUUCAGAUUCGUCCAAGUGAUCAAUCAAUGUUGUUAAAUGCGGGUCGACUAUUACAACAAUAUGUCGUAGACAAUUAUGUCAAAAUUGAAUCAGGGAUGUUAAGGUGGAUUCGAGAACACUAG